UGAUUAAUUUAUCAUCAUCGCUAUCAUCAUCAUCAUCAUUAGUAGACAAUGAAAAUAGACAUCCAUCACAUCCAUCAAUAACACCGACUGGUUAUCAGUCCAGUUAUAGAUAUUCUUCUCAUUUAGAUCAUUUACCUUAUUCAUCAAUGUCUUCUAAUCACUUUCCAAAUUUUCCUGGUUCAUUACCUUCACAUUUGAUGUCUACUUUCGGUCUUAAUGGUGGUGGUGGUGGUAAUAAGCAUCAUAAUACGUCAAGAUGUAUGACUGAUCUAUUACCAUCAUCAUCGACAUCAGAUAGUCAUGUCAAAACAAUGACAAAAAAUAAUCAUUCAUCUCAUUCAACCGUAUCAACUACUGUGGCGGCUGUAGCUGCCGCUGCAGCAGCGGUAGCUAUGACUGCAAGUGAACUGUCUGGUGGGAAUUUGAAAAAAUGUCGUGCUAGAUUUGGUUUGGAACAUCAGAAUAUGUGGUGUAAACCGUGUCGUCGUAAAAAAAAGUGUAUACGUUUUAUUUCGGAAGCGGAUCCAGAAGAAUUUUCUAAUGGAACAACAACAUCACAACAACCCCAAACAGGAACUCAUCAUUCAUCAACUCAUCAUAUUGCUAGACAAAGAUUAGCUAAUUUUAUAGAUCCAUUUAUACGUCCUGCUCAUUCAUCUCAAUCAAAUAUUUCUGGUCAAUCAUCAAAAUUUCAUACAUUUCCUUCAAGUUUCCUAUGUCCAUCAAUAAAUGUUAAUAAUAAUGUAACAAAUGAACAUACAUUAACAUCAUCGUCAUCAUCAUCAUCAUUAGCUGAUUUUAGUUUACGCUUAAACCAAUCACAUCAUACAAUUCCAGGCUGUUAUACCGGUAAAUCUUCAGCAUUUAUAAGUCCUUCACUUUCAUCUCGUUCAAAUCAUCCAAUGUUAGAUUUAUCAACAUCACCGUUUCCAUUAAAAAAUUCAUAUCAUCAUUUGAAUAAUUCAACAAGUGAAGAAUUAAAUGUUAAGCUAACAUCUUCAUCAUCAUCAUCAUCACGAACACCAUCAUCGUCAUCAUCAUCAUCAGUGUUGUUUUCACCAUCUCGAUUAAAUUCACAUACGAUUGGUCAAUGUUUAUCAAAUUGUAAUGAAUCUAGACUACCGACUACCGCUAAUAACAAUACUGAAUUUUCUUUUAAUAAACCGAAUUCAAUUGACUUGUGGAAUAAUACUACUACUACUACUAAUAAUAAUGGUAUGAAUACAUUUUAUCCUAAUUGGUCUCAAGAUUCAUCAGCUUUCAAAUUAUCCACAACAUCAUCAUGUGUUAAUGUUUCAACAAUCAGUAUGACAAUAUCAUCAUCAAUAUGUUCCCAAUUGAAUACACACAAUUUAAUUGAUUCUACUAGUCGAUCAAAUAAUCAUAAUCAUUUACGUGAAUCAAAUCAAUCUGACAAUAUCAAUACUAGCACUACUAAUACUACCACUACUACUACUACUACUACUACUACUACUACUACUACUACUACCAUCACAGGUGAUAGAAAUCAUUUUAAUUCAAACCAAUCUAAAUUGUCAUCCAACGAAGUUAAUCAGUUCGUUAAUCAAUCAUUGUCAUCACUAACAGACAAUUCAGUUUCUUCAAAAAUAAACCUGAUCAACUCACAAAAUGAUUCAAAUUGUUCAAUGCCUUAUUCUAAUGUAGCGUCAUUUGCCCUCUGCUCUUCUCAUACCCCUUCAAAUCUAGAAAUAUCCAAUACAACGCCAAUUAAUAUGAAUUCGUUUAUUGGUACUCAUUCAUUGGAAUGUCCUUCCUCUUCUUCUUCGUCGUCGUCGUCAUUGUCCAACACGUUACCAUCUACAGUAUUAUCAUUAUCGUCACCAAUAAAAACUAUAUCCGAUGAAUAUUCAGAAACAAAUCUCAAUGAACCACCGCCAUCUAAACGAAUUUGUUGUAAUUCACCAGUAUCUUUAUUAAAGUCAUCUAAUGUUGAAUCUGUAGUUUGUUGUGUGUCAAGUCCACUUGUUUCUAUGAAUAAUGAUGUAACCAAUUUCAAUAAUGUAAAUAAUUUAGACAGUUCUGUAUUGAAAGAUCAUUCAGCUGUAUCCGAUUCUACUACUACGAAUACAACAACAACAACAACAACAACAACAACAACUACUACUACUACUACUACAACUGCCGUUACCACUGUUAAAACGACCACAACAACAAGUUGUAAAUAUACAGAAUCAGUUCGAUUCGGUGUAGCUGAUUUUAUGGGACUAAAUGACGAUGAUAAUAAUCAUAAUCAUAAUAAUGAUAAUGUUGAUAUUAUUUCAGUUGUGGAUAAUAUCAAUCAUGAUUGA